AUGAAGAAAUCUCAAAUCAAAAUCAAGAGUUUCGUUAUUGAUGAAAGAAAAGAAACAGAAAUGGUAGUUGAUUGCACAACGCGGGGAUUACCAGCUCUCCUUCGAAAAAAGAAGCGCAGACUAAAAGAUGUACAAAUCAUUGGAAAUAAAAGCGAGGAAGUUAGUGUUCCCACCGAUUCAACAGAUGAAUUCGACCUAUUUCAACAAUUCGAUUUUAAUUCCUAUAAUGAUUCAUUUUCACAUGAAAACUUUCUAGAUAAUACUCCAUUUGAAAUUCCGAAAGAAAUAUGA